CUUGCCUGGCCAGGGUGGCGGGCACCUGUCUCCCACACCCUGUCGUCUAAGCCGGGAUUUCCCCUCGCUGACUAAGGAAGAAAGUGAAAGUAAAAGGGGGAAGAGGAGACUUCAGGGCUGAAGCGAGCAGCGCCAUGAAGCUCGGGUCCCUGCUCCUCUCUGUGGCUUUGGGCCUGGCGACUGCCAUCUCGGCCGGGCCCGGGGUGCUUGAGUGCUGGCUCGUGGAGGAUGUGGGUGGCGGCGGCCUGUCCAAGAAACCCGCCGCCCUGCUGCUGCGCCAGGGCCCCGGGGGGCCUCCGCCCCGGCCCGACCUCGAUCCCCAGCUCUACCUCCGUGUGCACGACCCUGCGGGGACCCUCCAGGCCGCUUUCCGGCGCUACCCGCGGGGCGCCCCGGCGCCGCACUGCGAGAUGAGCCGCUACGCCCCGCUGCCCGCCUCUGCCAACUGGGCCAGAGGCCUGACCCCGGAGCGCAGCUGCCCGCGGUCCCUGGACGGGCCUUGGCUCAUGGUCAGCGUGUCCAGCCGGGUCCUGAGCCUCUCCAGCCUCCUGCAGCCGGAGCCGGAGCCGGAGGCGGGUCUCAUCACCAAGGCAACAGCCGUGCUGACUGUCCUCACGCACACCCCUGCGCCUCGGAUCCGACUGGGUCAGGAUGCCUUGCUGGACUUGAGCUUUACCUAUGUGCCCCCCACCCCCGAGGCUGCAGCAUCCCUGGCCCUAGGCCCCCCGCCUUUCGGGCUGGAGUGGCGACACCAGUACCAGGGUAAGGGGCACUUGCUCCUGGCCGCAACCCCAGGGCUGAAUGGGCAGGUGCCAGCGGCCCGAGACGGGGCAGUGACUUUUGCUUCGUGGGAUGACAGUGAGCCAUGGGGCCCAUGGACCGGGAAUGGCACCCUCCGGCUGCCUGCAGUGCGACCCACCCAGGAGGGCGCCUAUCUGGCCGUUGUCCACCUGCCAUACCUGCAAGGGCAGGUCACCCUGGAGCUUACUGUGUACAAACCCCCUAAAGUGUCCCUGACGCCAGCACCCCUCGUCUGGGCUGCCCCUGGAGAGGCCCCCCCGACAUUGGUCUGCCUUGCGUCCCACUUCUACCCCUCCGAGGGCCUAGAGAUAGAGUGGGAGACCCGAGGGGGUCCGGAGGGUGGCUUUCAGGAGGCUGUGGGGCAGAAGUGGCUCUCCACCCUGCGCCACCAUUCUGAUGGCUCUGUCAGCCUCUCGGGGCACCUCCAGCCAGCCCCCGUCACCACUGAGCAGCAUCAGAUGCGCUACGCCUGUCGUAUCCACCACCCCAGCCUGCCGGUCUCAGGGCGCAGCGCAGAAGUGACCCUGGAAGUGGCAGGCCUCUCCGGGCCCUCCCUGGAGGACAGCAUGGGGCUCUUCCUCUCAGCCUUCCUCCUCCUCGGCCUCAUUAGGACAUUGGGCUGGCUUGCUGCCCACCUGUCCACUUCCAAGUCAGAGGAAAAGAAAGCACAGUGAGGGCUUUCUCAGCACCAGCACCCUGCCGAAGCCAACGUCAUCUCUGGCCUGAGCAGCUGCAGCAGGGCCGCCAAAUUGUGUCCCCUCAAUAGCUCCUCCUCCUUCCAACUCAUUCCCCACCCAGUCAUUAGAAUCUUCCUUUAAAGCCACAAGUCUUACAACAUUCACUUUAGAACUCUAGGGGGGUAGUUGCCAAACUUUUUGGCCUCUUGAACAUUAACCGAGGUCCCUAAAGAACUUUUGCCUGUGCGUUCUAACGACUGGCCGUUAACUCUAUUAGAAAUGAAUAUUAAGGGGAAAAUGGACACACGAGGCUACAAAUGCACACAUCUUCCAUUAAGUGUGAGUGCGAUGUCAAUACUAUGUCUCUUCUAGAAAACGCUACAGCACACCCUUACAGAAUGAGAGCGCUAACGGGAAAUAACACCCCAGUGUCGUUAUGAAAACUCGUAUCGACCCCACUUAUCCCAUGCAAUCCUCUUAGAAACACCCCACCACUCCCCCACCCCAGCCCCAGUCAGGGUCACACUUGAGAACCCUUUCUGCCUGGGCUCCGGGGCCCCCGUGUUCCCGGCUCUCCGGGCCCUAGGCUACCUCUCCAGCCCCACCUGGUGCCUCUCAGCCCUCCUCGCAACGCUGUCACACCCAAAGCCCUCUUCCCUCCACUCGGCCCUUCUGCUUGGUCCACCCUCGCCCACCCUGGGUCCCUGACUAGGCGAGCCCCGUCACUCUCCGUGGGCCGCCUCGUGUCCCUCUCGUGUGGUUCAACGUGGUUGUAUUUAAGUGGUUGCGUGAAUCCUUGCAUUCCCUCCCGGGUCAGUCGGGUCCUCAAGGGCAGGGAGCUUGGCUGUCCACCGUUGUAACCCCACGCCUGCACGGAUCGCAGCGUCCACUGGAGGGCGCCCCUCAAAUGACCGCUGAAUGUCGGGUGAACCGGCCGCCCGGGUUGUGGACCUCCGAAGGGCAGGACGGCCGGCCGGGACGACGGGGGGAGCGGGUCUAAUCGUGCGGGAAUAAAACUGUCCACCAGUGCUUCCA